AUGGCGGCCGUGGGAACUCGGGUUCCCGGGAGCGGCGUUUGCCUUCCACAGCUUUUCUUUGCCUUUGGUGAGCACCCCAAAGCAGCACCCCAAGAUUUCCCCUCCUCGAGGGCUCUCUCCGAGCCCCGGUGCUGGUUGGUGCCGGUACCGGUGCCGGUGUCGGUCCCGGUGUCGGUCGCAGCGCUCACCUGCCCGCCCCGGGGCUCCCCGCGGUGGCUGCUGCCCCCCAGCGGACACUGUGGGGAUUGCAGGGUCAGCUCUGAGAUGCUGAAAAAAAUCCCCAUCCUGAAGAAUCUUCGAUCCAGAGACCAGCAGACAGGCAAGGAUGUUACCCUCCAAAAUGAACACUCAGAGCUGGUGAAUGCCAACACAUCAGCAGCAUUAACUGAGAAGAUGAUGGCUGAAAAGACAAGACCAGAGGCUGCAAGGAACUCAGCUCAAAGAGGACAACGUGGUGUUGAAAGUGAUUCUUUAAGCCCCAGAUUAGAGGGAUCUGGCAUGAUUACUACUGUGUAUGUGGGGAACAUACCUCCCAGCCUAAGAGUGAGGGAGCUGAAAUGUGCUUUAAGGGAAUUCCAUGCAACUCCUUUACGAGUGAAUUGGCAAGGAGCACAGCACAGGGCUUUUCUCGAUUACAAGGAUAAAGCAACCGCAGAGAGUGCUGUAUCCUCUUUGAAAGGCUUGAGCCUCGGGGGUAAUACUUUGCAAGUUGAGCUGGCCAAGAAUCAGAGAAACAAAGGGCAAGUGGAAAUCAAUAGUCAGAAAUGA